UCGAAUAACUGAAUGAGAAAGGCAGUUUUGUUUGGAGUAUUGUUUAUAGUUUUGGACAGUGAGUGAUAAAGAGAAGAACGGGAGAGACAGCGCAUAUUGUGGGUUACUUGCAGUUAGAGGUUCGAAUAGCGCGAAACCCUCCAUUGAUUUCUCCCACAGCAGCAGCAACUCACUCUCAAUUGAGCAGCAAUGGAGAAUAAACCCAGAAUGUUCGACAACUUUAUGACGCUUUUUCAGCGCCGGAUUUCCAGUCCUUGCUCUCCUUCCUCCUCCGAUUCUCCCAAUUCCAUUCCCUUUCUCUCUCCUAUCGCUAAUUCUGUUGUCGCUCGAUGUUCCAAGAUUUUGAAUAUGUCUACGGAAGAUUUGUGCAGUUGUUUCGAUGUAGAGAACGGUGAAAGUGGCAACAAACCAAUCACCUAUGCUAGACAUUUGUUAGAGUUUUGCUGCUACAGGGCAUUUAAUGUUUUGACCGCUCGUGCUGAUUAUUUGAGCGAUAAGGAAUUCCGUCGCUUGACAUAUGACAUGAUGCUUGCGUGGGAGGCUCCUGGUGUUGACGGUGAAACUUUAUACAAAGAAAGCGCUUCUCCUAGUAGGAUGCAGAGCGAAGAUGAUGAUGGAUGGUCUUUAUUUUAUUCAAGCUCUACUGCGACUGCUGUUCAGGUCAUUCAUAUGGUUGAUAAUGAGAAAACUGUUGGCCCUGAAGCCUUUGCACGAAUAGCACCUGUACAAAAUCUUUUUGAUGCACUGACAAACACUUCUGGAAAUAGACUUCAUUUUCUUAUUUAUGAAAAGUACCUUCAGAGCCUUGGUAGGGUGAUCAAGAGUGCAAAAAAUGUGUCAUCAGUUUUAUCAAAUCUUGAAAUUGUUGAUGGGGAGAUCAUUGUAGAUGUUGAUGGUACUGUCCCUACUCAGCCAAUUCUCCAGCAUAUUGGAAUCUCCGCAUGGCCUGGGGAAAAAAUGGGACGGAGGAGAAGAGGUGGUGGGUCAACUCAAAGGAAGUGGCAGAGUAUCGAACAAGGAAUGGAAAGAAAGAUUCUGGUGCGGUCAUUGAACAAUAUUGAAGAUAAGGUACAAUACCAAAACGAAGAUGGUAAUAUGGUUGAAGAAAUCUUUAGACGAGAAGAAUUCCACAUAGUGGAUCUGAAGCUGGACAAAAUAUAUCAUAAUUGUUUACCAUCACUGCGAAGGGCUGCGGAGGUUGGUGAAAUGGUGGCUUUGGGUCAGUCCAUCUUCAUCUUUGGUGGUCAGAAUGAAAUAUCAUCACCCCUACCCGAUUCUCAAUUGAAUUAUUACGUGGGCGCGUCUCGCUUACAUUUUGGUGUUGGUGUUGGUGUUGGUGAGACGUGGGGCUCAGCUCCGAUCAAUGAUCCUAAUGAAUACAACUACACCUGCCUUAAUGGGGAUGUCUACUGUAUUGGAAAUGUCCUUGCUCCAAAGGUUCUUCAUGUCGAUACCACCAAUGGUGUGCCCCAUGGCCCCUGGAAGUCGCUUGGCCCUUUGCCUUCCAAACUGGUGGAUUGUAGUCCAUCUAUGCCAGUGAUUCCGGACCCUACCAACAAUCGCAUUCUAAUUCACUUGAAUGACGGUCAGCUUUCCUCGUCUUCCCUCUAUGCCUUUUAUCCUCCCACUCAUGGUACUUGUGCUGGUACAUGGAAAUGUCUAGACUCCAAUGUCUCUGAUUGGGACAGAGUACAGGAUGCUGCACUUCUUGAUGGUGUCCUCUAUCUUCAUGCCCAUAAACUUCGCAAUCUUGUUCAUGCAUAUGAGGUUGCCACCGCAAAGUGGUUUGACGUGCAGUGGUCCACUCGGGUUAUUGAAAAAGAUUUCUCUGUAGAUGAUUGUACCUUCAGGUUUGAUUCGCUGUUUUGUCUAGACGACACCAACAAAAUCUUGUGCUUGGCCGUUUACUCGCCUGUAGUGCCGAUUGUUCCAGGUGGUGAUCGAUGUGAUCGUAGCUUACCUACCAACACCACUCUUCUCUUCUUCAAGUUUAAAGCGGAGCGUUGUGGUUCCACCAUAACCCUCACUCCCCUUUAUACCCGCUCAUAUGAAAUUUUAUCCACUUACCAAGUGCUUGACUUCCUCCCGCUUUAGGUAGUUCUUGAUGAUCAGUAGCUCCUGUCACCUGCAUUUUGUGCACAUAGUGUUAAUGCUGCUGGACUGUGAAAGGGCGUUAGUUGUGCUUUUUGGCUUUUGUUCUGCCUUGAGCUUUUUAUAUGAGCAAGAUCAGAGUUUCUUUAGGCUAAUGUUAUUUAGUUAAGUUUAUUUAUAUAUCAUUUGUGUCACUGGGCGUGCAUUAAGUACUCUAAUGGUUAUGGGUCUAUGUUGUUUAAUAGUAUCAGGGAACUUUGGGAUUUGGCUCAUUAUUGGUAAUUAGUUUCGGCUUGCUACACUAAAUUAAGCUUUGGCAGUUUGGCUCCACUUCCAGUUUAAUAAAAUGGACUUUAGUUAUUGAUUGAAAAA